UGCUGGUGGCGGCGGCGCAUCUCCGCAUCUCGGCGGGGUCGAGCCGGGCUAGGCGGCGAGGGCAGGCCCCGGAGCGGCUGCCAUGGUCCUCUCCUAGGUUGGCGGGGAAGCGGCCGAGCCCAGGAUGCGGGCGCGGCGGCCCGGCUGGCCCUCACUUAUUCCAGAUGUUGACCAUCUUUCUGAAGUAGAAGCUCCAUGGCCUGAACAUCUCUUGAAAAUUACUUUGAGCAAAAUAUCUGUUUGUUAACAAGAUAACCACAUCAAGAUGGUUGGAAAACUGAAGCAGAACUUACUACUGGCAUGUCUGGUAAUUAGUUCUGUGACAGUGUUCUACUUGGGCCAGCAUGCCAUGGAAUGCCAUCAUCGCAUAGAAGAACGUAGCCAGCCAGUCAAAUUGGAGAGUAUAAAGACUUCUAUGCAAACUGGCCUGGACAUCAAAGCCAACAAAACCUUUGCCUAUCACAAGGAUAUGCCUUUAAUAUUUAUUGGAGGUGUGCCUCGGAGUGGAACCACACUCAUGAGGGCCAUGUUAGAUGCACACCCUGACAUUCGCUGUGGAGAGGAAACCAGGGUCAUUCCUCGAAUCCUGGCCCUGAAGCAGAUGUGGUCACGGUCCAGCAAAGAGAAGAUCCGCUUGGAUGAGGCUGGUGUCACCGAUGAUGUGUUGGAUUCUGCCAUGCAAGCCUUUUUAUUAGAAAUCAUUGUUAAGCAUGGAGAGCCAGCCCCUUAUUUAUGUAAUAAAGAUCCCUUUGCCCUGAAAUCCCUAACUUACCUUGCUAGGUUAUUCCCCAAUGCCAAGUUUCUCUUGAUGGUCCGAGAUGGUCGGGCAUCAGUACACUCAAUGAUUUCUCGGAAAGUGACCAUAGCUGGAUUUGACCUGAACAGCUACAGGGACUGUUUGACCAAGUGGAACCGUGCCAUAGAGACCAUGUAUAACCAGUGUGUGGAGGUCGGUUACCAGAAAUGCAUGAUGGUUCACUACGAACAACUUGUCCUACAUCCUGAGCGGUGGAUGAGAACACUCUUAAAGUUCCUCCACAUCCCAUGGAACCACUCAGUGUUGCACCAUGAAGAGAUGAUUGGGAAAGCCGGGGGAGUGUCUCUGUCAAAAGUGGAGCGGUCCACAGACCAGGUCAUCAAGCCCGUCAACGUGGGAGCGCUGUCCAAGUGGGUGGGGAAGAUCCCCGGGGAUGUGCUACAAGACAUGGCAGUGAUCGCCCCCAUGCUCGCCAAGCUCGGCUAUGACCCGUAUGCCAACCCACCCAACUAUGGGAAGCCCGACCCCAAGAUCCUAGAGAACACCAGACGGGUCUACAAAGGAGAGUUUCAGCUACCUGAUUUUCUUAAGGAAAAACCCCAGACAGAGCAAGUGGAGUAGCCUGGCCAAGGCCUCUUUCACUCCUGAGGAGACCCCUGCUGCCUGUGAGUGGAAGGGACUUUGCAGCACCAGCCGUCCUCUCAGGAGCACCCCGUGGGUGCGCAUGCCUGCGUGCCUGCCUGCGUGCGAGUGUGCUAGCAGCCUGGUUCUCAUACCUGGCCCCUGGUGACCUGAUUCAUGCUCCCAGUCCUGUGAGAUCACAGUCCUGUGAGCAUCAUCACGGCGGUCCUUCCUCCUCCUCCUCCUUCUCCCCCUCCUCCUCUUCUUCCUC